CGGAUUUGUUCCAACUGCAAAACGUCGCUCCAGCUUAUCAAAAACCGAAAACGUGGGUCGCGUCUUGUUUGGAGGUCCGUAGCAGUGCUGUCAGUGGCGGCAAAAGUUCAAGUUGCAGUAACGCGGGCGAUGCUGGCUCAUGUGGGGCAGCGCCAUCUACUCCUCUGCAAAAAUCUUCUCAGUCUUCAACAGCCUACGACAUGAUCUGCAAGAAGCCGGCUACUUCUGAACGUGACCAACAACAACAACAUCUCAGCUUGUUUCUUGACCAUGUGGAACAGCACAUUUUGAAGUCGCCACACCAGGAGCUCUUGGUGUCUAAAAUCGGCGAACAGAAAUACCACGUAGAGUUCAAAAAGAACUACUUUCCCAGCACCGAGCAGGGAGAUGUCGCUCCUGUUUUGGGAGUUAAACGAUACAAACAGCAAAAAGGCCAACAGUGUGCUCACUCCGC